AUGACGUCUGGAAUCGACAUGGGAGCUCACGGGGAUUACAUUGCGGAGUUGGACGUGGAAAACUCGGAACGUCUCGUGGUGUAUCUACAGAUAUUUCAAUGGUCUGUACGACAAGACGGGCCUUCUCACCACGUGCGGAUGCGUAUUGAGUGUAAUUGCAACCGUCUCUGCAUCAGUGGCGAUGUCCUAGUGACCACUGCGCCAGCCUCUUUCGAUUCAGACGACAUUCCGAUUCUUGGUGAGAUGUCACUACAUAGUAAGCGCGAAGCAGUAGAGAAGGCGUUUGCACAACAACUCCAAGAAGGUUCUACCACAAGAUCUACACCAUGGAGGGAGCUUGGUCGAUUCCGCUUGAACUACCUCAAAUUCGAACACGAGACGUACCAGUAAUUGAGAAAUGUGUCCAUAUUCACACCUGCUGAAGAUAUUCACACUAUCUACAAUUCAUCAGGAUUGUUUCCUUCGUUGGGCCUGAAUUUGUUCAUGCUGUCGCAGUCGAUGUUGCAGUUUACGUCGUGCAGUGUCGAGUUCUCGAAGUUUAUCGCGUGCACCCAGUAGAGUCUGCAAAGUGUAAUGAGC